UGGGGCGCUUCCAGGCGGCAGGCAAAUGCCCGAGCCUUGCCAUUAGGCGUGCGCUUAACUAGCGGUUAGCCACCGACAGAGCCGUCAACGUUCAAUUGGCCCCCUGAAAACGGAAUCGCAGACGAAGUCGGAGUGGGAGUUAGACUCGGCUUCGGAUUCCGAUUCAAAGUGGAGGAGCAGCAGACGAUGCUGAGGCUGGGGCAGACAAACCUUUCUCUUUGUGUUGGUGCUGGUUGGUUUGGUUGGAUGGCUGGCUGGCUGGCUGGCUGGCUGGCUGGCUGGCUGAUCUGGCCUGGCCUGGCACGGCACGACGAGCCGCAAAGGUCGGCCGCAGUGCUCGGUUCGGCACUCGGCCCAGACGAGUCUCGGCCACGGGGUUUUAUAAAUACAAGUGUUGGCCGCACAACGGCAAAGAUUCGUUGCUUGAACGUACAGCGCGCGCGAUCCAUUAAAUUCCCAACCGACUCGUCUCGACUCGCUUUGACUCUCCUUGCAGGAAAGACACGCCGGCAAAUGCUCAAUGCAGAUGCAGCAGAUGCAGCCAUCGCAAUACCCUGACUGCCUGACUGUCUGACUGCCUGACAAGGAAACAGCCGAAAAGCAACAACUGAAAAAUAACCCAAGUGACUGUGAAAGUAACCAACGGGCAGAUCCAGAUACAAGAUAUUCAAUUACUAGUCUCUUUGGCAUUGCCUAGGGUCUGUUAUUUUGUAUUGUUGUUGUCGUUGGCGGUGUGGGCUGUUGUGUCGUAGUGCUGGCACACCAUGAGGAUUCAAAUAUGGAUCCUAACACUUUUGCUGGGCCUCCUAUGCGCCCAAGCACUGGAAACGAAAGCUAAAAGCGACAGCAGCAGCAUUGACGAUAGCAAGAGCGCCGCCUCCACGCCUCUGGAGUCGGAGGCGUCUAAGGACAAGCGCCAGGUGAGCAGCAAGGAGACGCCCCUUUAUCCCAAUCACAGAAGCUCGGAUGCAACGGUGGCUGACGAUCCCGAGGACGGACAGGAGACCAUUUAUGGCACGAAGCCGAAUCAGUUCAUCAUACGACCCAUUGCCCCGCAUCAGCAUCAGCAGCACGAGGGGCACGAGGGGCCUCAGCUGCGGAACUUUGCGGCGGCCAACUCCAGGCCGCAUGCUGCCCAACUGCUGGAGCAGAGUCAAGAGGUGCAGCAUUAUGUAUACCUGCAAGAUAUUAUGCGCCAUCACCAGCCCAAGGCCCUGGGGGCUGCAGGUCAAGGCAAGGGUGCGGCCAGCAACCCAAAGAAGUCAUCCACACCCGUCGCUGAGGAGGAACAGGAGCAGGAGGCGGAGCAGCGCUAUGCCGUGUCCAUUCAGCCACAACCGCAGCUGCAGCAACGCCCGCGUCCAUAUCCCGGAGUGGGUCCCUACCAGCUGCCACUGCCACUUCCCGCUCCACAGCACCAGCAGGGACAUCAACAACAGCAACAACAGCAACAACAGCAGCAGCACCAAGGCCAGCAGCCGUAUCAGGUCAUACCCGAGGAACAGUUUCUGAAACUGCUGGAGGAAGAGCUGCAGGCGAGAGCCUACCACGAGCAACUGCGUCAACAGCAACAGCAACAGCAGCAUCAGCAACAACAACAGCAGCAACAACAGCAUCCACAGCAGCACAAGCAACUGUCCAUCCACAGCACGGCGGCCACCCACAAGGUGCUGCAGCAAGCGGAUCCGUCUCUGGGCUUGGGUGGCUAUCGCGAACGUUUGGUGGCCGAGCAGGAGCUUGUGUCGCCUGCCUACUCACAAUCCCACUCCCGUGGCGGUCCCAAGUAUCUGCCGGUGUCACAGGCACAGCAGUACGAGGAGGAGGAGUUGGCACAGCAGCAGCAGCAACAACAGCAACAGCAGCAGCAGCAGGCUCAGCGAAGUCAUCUGCACAAGGCUAUACACCACCAUGGCCAGCCGCAUCAGCAGCAGUUAAUCUCUGGGGUUCCCCCACAAAUUGCCUACUACCAGCCGCAGAUCAGCUACAAGACCCUGCCCAACCAUCCGCUGGCCAAGUCGUCGCUGGAGAGCGAGAUUGAGAAACUGCUGGCCGCCAACAAGCCAGGACCGGCCGUUGCCUACGUCGACAGCAGCAAUGAGCCGAGCUACAGCCACCAGCAACCAUCGGCACGCCACCCGCUGCCUUUGCAGCAUCCGCCACCGCCCACCUCGCACCCGGCACUGCGCCAACCCAAGGCCUACCUGGCCAGCACACCCAACUCCCUGUUGGAUGCCAACAACCAGCCCUUUGUCCCGUCCCUCUUCAAGUUCAGCAACUACCAGCAGCCAACGCCCAUCUAUCCCACUCAGGCUGCACCCAUUCGCGAGGCCAAGAGGCUAGGACCCGUUGUGUACCCCACGCAGACAGCCAACCAGCCACAGCCCUCGCAGUAUUACUACCAGGAGACGGCCCCCACAGCCGGUCCCAAGCCAUCCCCGCACCCUAAGCCCUACCUCCGAGCCAAGCACUAUAAACUGGCCGAGCCCUCGAAGGGUGUCUAUGCAGACUACGAUCGCAGCCAGGGACCAGCACCACCGCAGUCGGCUUCCUCCAGCUUCUAUCCCAGUCCGCCGGAUCCGAUAAAGCACAACCAGAGAGCUCUGGGAGUCACACCCACAUCCUUGCCACUGCCAGACUAUCCCUCGCCGUCGCCCUCGCAGUCCAGCAUCUAUGUGUCGCAGGGCACUGGAAUCGCCACCCCUUCCCGACCUACGCCCACCGGAACGUCGGUGCAGAAGCUGCGAACGCUGGACGAAGUGAAGCAAUUGAAUCUGCCGCCCCCUAAUGGAAAGCCCCUCACACAGGCCGAGUUCCAGGCGCUGGUCGAUGCUGGGUACCCGGUGAAGGCGGUGCCAGUGCCAGUGCCCGUCCCAUAUGAGCAGUAUGUCAAGGAUCAUCCCGAGUAUCGCAAUCAUCCGCCAGUAGACUAUGCCCACCUCAUGCGACUAGCCACGCGACAGUUGGCCGGCCAACAGCAGCAUCAGCAUCAUCAUCAUCGCUCGUUGGCCGCCCCAUCGGAGCCGUCGGUGAAGAUUAUUUCCUCUCCCACGGCCAGCGAACUACAGCAGCAGCAUCAGACGGCAACAGGCAUAGGCGGCGGCAGUGUCACCUACUUGCAGCCCAUCGAGGGACAACAAGCUCAUCUGCAUGCCCACGCUCACGCACUGCAGAAGCGGCGUCCGAGAGAUGAGCAGGACACGGCCGUGGCGGGCAGUGAGACCAAGGCGACGGCACCAGAGGCGGAGGCUCAGAAGGCUCAAUGAGCCAGGGGAUGAGAGUCCUGUUUUAGUUAAAAUGUCCUUGUCUAGUUUGUAAGUAUUGUAAAAAUGUUUCAGCACUUGCGCAAUGUUAAAUUAUAAAAAUAAAACAAAAAAAAUACGGAAAC